AUGGGAGAUAUGUCAUCCAGGUCCCUCGGAGAGGUGUUAACGAUCACUGGCAAAGAUUUCGUGUCCAUCCUUCAGCAAGACUUGUUCCUCUCUUCUCUUGCCCUGAACUACGCAGACAGCCUCUGCCACCUGACGAAGCUCCAGUCAAAGGAGGACGUGAGCGACCUAGUGCUGCCAGUCUCGCACAACGAGGUCGUCACACUCAUGCCCUCGGACACGCGCUUUGCCAUGUCGAAGGCUGCCCUGGACCUGGCAGACAGGCGGAACCUCCUCGGCAGCCGCCGGAGGACAGCCAUGUCCGAGGCCAGGAGGCACGAGUGCGACAUGGUAGUCAGAAGCACGCUGCGAGCCUGGAACGCGCCCCUCGAGGAGUGCGUGGUGAAGAUCGCCCCGGUCGUGUCGCUGCGGUUGGAGCACGAG